GGCCACCCUUUGGCGGAAACAAAGCUGUGAAGGCCGCCAUGAACUGCACCCCCCCGGGACAAGGAUGGCGAUUCCAUCAAAAAAUAAGGGUGCUGGCAACCUGUGGCACCUUUGCCAAAGCAAGAUGUUACCUGACCCGAUCGCUUGAGGAAGGCUACCUUACAGCAGACCUGCAAUCGGAUGAUGGUGAGAUGGGGCCAAGGAAAAGACGACCAAACAAAAGGUAUUUGGAGGAGGACAGCGAGGAGGAGGCAGGACCAAGCCGUAGGGGGAGGAGGCCACCAUCUAUUGACGGCACUCAGCUGGACAGCGAGUGGCAAUUCCCCUCCCUUAAUGAAGACACCCAGCCAGGCCUGUUUCUUCACAGCCAGCCAUUAACUCAUGAUUCACCGUCGUCAGAAACCCCGCCAGGCCCUUUCCUUCACAGCCAGCCACUAACCCAUGAUUCACCCCAGCCACGUCACCGCUUCCAUGCCACACCUCUGCCAUCGCAACAGGGGAACAAUCAGUUGCUGCGUGACAUGGGCAUCAGCACAGUCAUCGCUCUCCUUGGCCAGCUGAGGGAGGAAAACAGGGAGCUGAAGGGGGAAGUAGGAAGGCUGGCGCAAGAGGUCAGGGCCCUAAGGAGAGAGAUGGGGAGACAAGACACACCCCAGACAUCGCCCCUAAUCAAGCUCCCACUCUCCACCAUGGAGGAGUUUUUGGCAGCAGAGGCCCUGGUGAAGGAAGAUGCCAAACAAAAGCAGCUAAUGGUGUCUACCUUAGCCCUUUGUGGAGGAACCGACGUAGGGGUCACAGUGAGGCGGAUGCUGCGUAGCCUCCUGGUCAACAGCUUGGCCAGCCAAUUUAACUGGGCUGGAAAGGGGGAAAAAACUGCGUUUAAAGACACCAAGAUCCAUGAUGUCCUGUUUGAUGCUCUACAAAAGCAGCUGCCAGGGAGCACACACGCUACUUUUAGUGACGCAAUCAAGAAGUGGCUUAAGUAUGCGCUAGAGAGAGAGGGAGGGAUGAGGAGACGUGAGGUAGGGUGGCAUUUAGAAACCCAUAGCCUACUGCUGACUUUCUUUAUCAAUGCUGCAUCAAAUUAAUUUUGGUUAUGUUUUUCUGUUUCCAUGUACAGGUGUCUGCGCCGCAGGAGGAAUA